AUGGCAACUACAGAAGUUGUGAUUCCAGACUCCUCCUAUGAUAAAACCAGCCGCUUCAAGUUGGUGACCUGGAUCAACAACCUGCUGAAGACAGGCUUCAAAGAUGUGCAGGAGAUGGGUUCAGGUGCGUGUCAGUGUCAGAUCAUGGACUGGGUUUUGCCUGGUUCUGUUGACUUGACCAAGGUGAAGUUUGACGCACAAGGUGAGGAAGACUAUAAGCACAACUUCAGUCUCCUCCGUGAAGCCUUCAGCAAGAAUGGUAUCACAAAGACCAUUCCAGUUGAGGAGCUCAUAAAAGGGGAUUUUAAAAGCAACUUUGAGAUGCUGAGGUGGUUCAAACUUUUCUCUAAAGCAAAUGUUAAAAGUACACAAUAUGACCCUGUGAAAGCCCGGGACAGCCACAAUAUCAGCCCUAUUGUGGUUUCUCCACAAUCAGGUAACUGGAGGUCUAAAUUGGAAUCAGAAACGGAAGAGAACGGCUCUGAAACGAAUAAAAAAUUCCCUUACAGUGAAAAGUGGAAGGAUAUUUUUUGUUGGGCUGAACGUAGUCCUCUUGGAGAACAAUAUUCAUACUGCCGCACUUGUGCCAGAAACCUGAACACAUUUCAUAAAGGCCUCUUUGAACUUAGGCGACAUGUGGAAACAAAAAAACACAAGAAAGGGAUUCAGAUUUCCAGGAGAGCUACAAUACAAAGCCGGCGCUCUGAACUGCUGCCCUGUAGUGAUGCAGCUAUCCGAUUUAUCCACAAACACUGUUACAAUGGCUCCGCCAAUGGUGGACAGGUGUCUAGACAGUUUGCACGUCGUAAGCUGGGGCUGCAGUACCCCAAAGAUUUAACAUCUGUUUGCCAGCACACUCCUUACUGUGUAUACAUUUAUGGCGGGGUAACAGUGGGAGAGGAGGAGACCGUCUCUGUGGUCCUUGUUGGGUUUUUUGAUGUCGAAGCCUGCAGGCACUGCAUCCGGUUUCUGGAUGCUCUUCAGUCAAUGGAUGGUGCAGGAGAUCAAACAGCUACAGCAGUGGGGGAGACCUUGAAGAAAUUUGGGUUACCAACAGAUAACCUGGUUGCUGUUUAUGUCAGUGGUCAUGGUGGUGCCUCGGAGCAGAUUUGCUCACAGCUCAGGGAACUCAGCCCAAACAUAAUAGUCUUAGGAGGGCUCUACACCAUCGCUGAUACUGCUUGCCAUGCUGGGGUUAAGCAACUCUCCAAUCAGGCUCAAGAGCUGAUAGUAGACAUCCAUGCCCACUACUCCUCCUGCUCUAUGAAGAAUGAUAACCUCAAGGCACUUUUUGGCUCAGAUAUUACUGCGGACAGUCCAGCAUUUUGUAUCAACACCAGCUGCCUUAACUUUUGCCAAUUAGUCACGAAAAUCUUGGAAAUAUGGACAGAUCUUAAAUCGUACUUCAGCUCUUGUGACAAGGAUGAUGACAAAGCCAAGUUAAUCUGCUCCCAGCUGCAGGAUCCCAAAGUCAGGGCAACAUUUAUGUUCCUGGAGCAGGCCUUAAAGCCACUGCACAGUUUCCUAAGUCAUCUGCAAACACAGGAAGGAGGUUCCCGAGCUGAUUUGCCUCUCAUCCUAGAGGAAGCCAGUAACCUGAUGUGCACCUACACCUCGUACUUCCUUCAUCCUCAAGCUGUUGUUCGCUUCCUCAAGGAACGCGAUGCCCAAAUCCUUAAGAACAAGAAAUUCCACCUGCCAAGUUCUGAACUCAGUCUGGGUGGGAAAGCCGUGACAGACUUUGUGAAGGAGUCUGAGGCUGCAGAGGCAAUGUCACUGUUACAAGAGGAGGUACUGUCUUUCUACAUCGCACUCACAGGUUGCAUUUCAGAGGAGCUACCUCUAAACGAUGGGUUGCUAAGGAGCAUAGGUCAGCUGCUGAAUCCUCAGAGCAGGCUGAAAGUGACAGGGAAAGCAGUAGAGGAGCUAGGAACCAAGCUGGGAAUCUGCAGCUCCCCUGAGGAGGUCAAGCAACUUACGACUGAAUUCCUUGCGUAUCAGCUGACUGAGGAGGGAAAAGGUGAAGAUGGAGACAAGGACCACUCAGCAGAGGUUUCACUGGAAAAACACUGGGCCAGCAUACUGAAGGACACCAAGCCGACAGUCUUCAGAAAGCUUGUUUUGACCCUGUUGUCUCUCCCCUGCCCUCCGCUUGAUGCUGAGCAAGUUUUUACUCAGGCCUUAGAGAAUGGGGAUGCUGCACUGUUCUCUGAGAAUGAAGCCUUGACAGAAAGCGAGAAUGACUUCACAUCCGACAGCGCUCUCUCUGACAGCACCAGCAACAAAGACUCCCCAUUUCACACUAAAGAACUUAAUGGCCUUAAUAUGACAGUGAAGCCGUGUGAAGUCCGCCUUACGAAGAUGAAAAAGUCAAAAAAUGGAUAUGACGAUAUACAUGGAGAGAAUGGUGCCCUUUUGAAAGAGGGGACCAGUAGGGGAUGUUUUGGCUGGGAGAGCAGCUUGCGCCAGAAGCCACAGGCCCGUACAGUGUUUCAGGCUGGUGCUAGCACCUGGUCCAAACCCGUAGAGCUUGAUAAGGACAGCAAAAAGGGUCUGGAGUCCCAAGAUGAGGUGGUAGAAGAGUCCCCACCAUCCAGUAAAUCCACACCAAGACGACGACGGAAACACACCUACCAGGAUGGGAAAGGGUUUCUGUCAGGAGAGCUUGUGUGGGGGAAAGUGAAGGGGUUUUCUUGGUGGCCUGGGAUGGUGAUGCCUUGGAAAACUAAGUCAGCUCCUCCGGGCAUGCGUAGGGUGGAGUGGUUCGGAGACGGGAUGUUCUCAGAGAUCCUUACAGAGGGUAUACUCACGUUUAGUGCCUUCACUAAGUGCUUCUGCAAAAAUUCCUUUGCCAGCUUGCCCGUCUACAAGGAAGCCAUCUACCAAAUUGUCGAGUUGGCAGGUGAGCGAUGUGGGAAGUCUUUUGCUGAGGCGGAAGGAAAUAAAGAAAAAGAGCUGAAGUUGAUGCUGGACUGGGCCUUUGGAGGAUUUCUGCCUACAGGACCAGAAGGAUUCACACCUCCUGAUUCUGCAGCACAUCUUGACACUUCUGACUCUGCCCAGUCUGACUACCAGCCUCCACCAAAAAGGAAAUAUGUUUUUAAAAAUAAGGCGAAUGCAUCCGUCAUCACCUAUAGCAGAGAAUCAAUAAUACAAAAGGUCAAAGAGAAAGGCAAAACAAUUGAAGAUUUUUGUUUGUCUUGUGGAUCAACUGAGAUUGAAGUACAGCACCCACUGUUUGAAGGUGGUCUUUGUCUUAGGUGCAAGGAGAACUUCACAGAAACACUGUAUCGCUACGAUGAGGAUGGCUACCAGUCGUAUUGCACCGUGUGCUGUGCCGGCUUAGAGGUCAUUUUGUGUGGCAACGCAAGCUGCUGCAGAUGUUUCUGUAUGGACUGCCUGGACAUCCUGGUGGGCCCAGGAACCUUUGACAAGCUGAAAGAUGUUGAUCCCUGGAGCUGCUUCAUGUGCCAGCCGUCACAGUGUAAAGGAAACCUCAAACUCAGACCAGACUGGAGCGUCAAGGUUCAAGACUUCUUUGCCAACAACAGCGCAAUGGAGUUUGAGCCUCACAGAGUUUAUCCCUCCAUCCCUGCUGAUCAGCGCAGACCAAUCAAGGUGCUCUCACUCUUUGAUGGCAUUGCAACAGGAUACCUGGUGCUCAAAGACCUCGGCUUCAAGAUGGAGCGCUACAUUGCUUCAGAGAUUUGUGAGGAUUCCAUCGCUGUGGGGAUGAUCAAGCACGAGGGAAAGAUUGAAUACGUCAAUGAUGUUCGCACCAUCACAAGGAAACAUCUGGCUGAAUGGGGUCCGUUUGAUCUUCUGAUUGGAGGCAGUCCAUGUAACGACCUGUCCAUGGUCAACCCUCUUCGAAAAGGAUUAUUUGAGGGCACUGGGAGGCUCUUUUUUGAGUUUUACCGCAUUCUGACCUUGUUGAAGCCAAAGGAGGACGACGACCGGCCGUUCUUCUGGCUGUUUGAGAACGUGGUUUUCAUGAGUGGCAACGACAAAUCAGACAUCUGCCGAUUCCUUGAGUGUAAUCCGAUUCUCAUUGAUGCAGUGAAAGUCAGCCCUGCUCACAGAGCACGCUACUUCUGGGGAAACCUCCCUGGCAUGAACAGGCCUCUCGCUACAUCCUUAGACAACAAAGCGGCUCUUCAGGAUUGUUUGGAGUCUGGACGUACGGCAAAGUUUGACAAAGUCCGCACCAUCACAACAAAGUCUAACUCCAUACGGCAGGGGAAGAUGGGACCACUACCUGUCACCAUGAAUGGCAAGGAGGACUACCUGUGGUGCACCGAAAUGGAACAGAUCUUUGGCUUCCCCAAACACUACACGGAUGUGAACAACAUGGGCCGGAUGCAAAGGCAGAAAGUCCUGGGUCGUUCCUGGAGUGUCCCUGUGAUUCGUCACCUCUUCGCCCCACUGAAGGAUUAUUUUGAAUGUGAAUAA